CGGGGAGCGGCAGCUGUUUGCCAUUAGCCGGGGACCCCGCAGGCCCCGCCCCCUCCCUGCACGGGGCGGGGUCACCCUUGCCCCCAUCUUUGGGGCGGGGAGACCCCAGAGAUGUCCGGGUUUGGGUUGGCAGGGGGGCUUCAGGGAGACCCCGCCGGACAUUCGGGCCGGCCCGGGACCCCGCGCCCCCUUACCUGUCCCCUCUGGGAGCGUCUCGCCUCCCUUUUUCUCCAUCUCUCUCCUACCCGGUGUUUCCUUUUCUGUACCCCAGGGGUCCCAUACAGGGAGAGGGGCUUCAGCCACCACACUCCUCACCUCCAUCUGCUUUCUAGACCUGGAGUCAUCUUCGCACAUAGAGGGUGGUCAGAUGACUGGACUCUCUCAGACCUCAGUCUCUGUGUCUGGGAAAUGGGCAGAGGGAUGUGGAGUUGGGGGUGAGGGUGGUGUGGCCCUGGCAGUGGGGAAUCUGCCAGGCUUAGGUUCAAGUCCACACCCGGCCUCUUCUUCCUCUCGUGACCCUGGGCAAGUCAUUGGACAUUUCUCUGUCUCCAAAACAGGGCAGUAACCGUGCGCCUGAUGGGAAUGUUGUGAUCAAAUGAGCGGCUGGGGUGAUUAUUACACUUACCACCAUUAUUCGCCCCACCGCUUUUCACCUCCAGGGGCCCCCACAGGCUAUUCCAAUUCUGCUUCCUGCCACCAGUCUCUCUCAGGUCUCCAGAAAAUACUUUUGAUUACCUCCCUGUUGUGUAGAGGGUGAACCUCCAAGCAGAUGGAAAACCGAACUUCAUACAAUUGGUGACUGUGCUCCAGGCGUUGAAAGACAGAGACGUGGAGAGAGAGGGAGAGAGAAGUGGAUCGAGACACAGACGGAUGUGGAGAGACUCGGAGAGACGUGGAGAGACUAAGCAAGAGGCAAGCAGGUUGUGAGAAGAGGACAAGCUUGGCCACCCCUGGAGCCCCAGCCUCGCCUUCAUGCCCGGCAGGUGCCCCGCUUGGCCCAUCCUCCCAGGUACGCCUCAGCCUGUGCUGCAGGUGAUCUGAGUCAUAGGCCCCAGGUGACUCUUGAGGAGCAUCUGCAGACCAGAGGAUGGCCCAAGUCCUGCACGUGCCAGCCCCCUUCCCAGGGACCCCUGGCCCAGCCUCCCCACCCGCCUUCCCUGCCAGGGAGCCUGACCCGCCGUACUCCGUGGAGACGCCCUACGGCUACCGCCUCGACCUGGACUUUCUCAAGUACGUGGAUGACAUCGAGAAAGGCCACACGCUCCGGCGAGUCGCCGUGCAGCGCCGGCCGCGCCUCGGCUCACUGCCCCGAGGUCCUGGCUCCUGGUGGACAUCCACCGAGUCUCUGUGCUCUAAUGCCAGUGGGGACAGCCGCCACUCGGCCUAUUCCUACUGUGGCCGUGGCUUCUACCCGCAGUACGGUGCCCUGGAGACCCGAGCCGGCUUCAACCCGCGCGUGGAGCGCACGCUGCUGGAUGCCCGUCGCCGCCUGGAGGACCAGGCGGCUGCGCCCACUGGCUUGGGCUCCCUGACCCCCAGCGCGGCAGGCUCCACCAGCUCCUUGGUGGGCGUGGGGCUGCCACCCCCGACGCCACGGGGCUCGGGACUGUCCACACCUGUGCCUCCCAGCGCCGGGCACCUGGCCCACGUGCGGGAACAGAUGGCAGGUGCCCUGCGGAAGCUGCGGCAGCUGGAGGAGCAGGUGAAGCUGAUCCCCGUGCUCCAGGUGAAGCUCUCUGUGCUGCAGGAGGAGAAACGGCAGCUCACAGUGCAGCUCAAGAGCCAGAAAUUCCUGGGCCAUCCCACAGGGGCCCGGGGCCGAAGCGAGCUCUGCCUGGACCUCCCAGAGACCCCCGAGGACCCGGUGACUCUCGAGACCCGGAGCGUGGGCACCUGGGUCCGGGAGCGGGACUUGGGGGUGCCCGACGGGGAAGCAGCCCUUGCCGCUCAGGUCGCCAUGCUGGAGACCCAGCUCAAGAAAACCCUCCGGGAGCUGCAGGCAGCUCAGGCCCGGCAGGCUGACCCCCCGCCCCGGCCCCGGCCACCACCAGACAGCCCCAUCCGCGUGGACACUGUCCGGGUGGUAGAGGGCCCUCGGGAGGUGGAGGUGGUGGCCAGUACAGCUGCUGGGGCCCCUGCACAGCGGGCCCAGAGUCUGGAGCCCUAUGGGACAGGGCUGCGGUCCCUGGCGACGUCUGGAAGGGUCGAGAGCCCUGCUGUGUUCCGCAGCCAUGAGGUGGUAGAGACAGCGUUCCCAGCAUCCACUGCGCCCACUGGCAACGUCCACCUGGUGAAAAAGAUCAGCAUCACGGAACGAAGCUGCGAUGGGACAACAGGUGAGCCAUAGUGGACAGGGGAGGAUGGUGGAGAGGUCCUCUUUGUUCCUCUGAAUGCCAGGGUGUAGCCCCAGCCCUGGCCUUCCAGCAGACCAACCACUCUGGCUCUCAGAGCCUCUCGUCUCUUCACCUGCAAAAAAGGGGACAGUUGUACCACUGAUUCUGUGCUGUAGGGAGGCAUGCAGAAAAAUCAGGUAUCUGAUUAAGUGUGCGUUUUCAUAUCUAGUAUGUGGUAAGUAUCCAGAAAACAGGAGGUUUUUGAGGGUUUGAGGGAGGGUCCCUAAGACUGUUGGUUCGUUGGGCCAAAAAACCCACCCAAUUUAUUCAGGAAAUGGCAGAAACCAACAUCAGAGCAGUUUAGGCGAGGAAAAGGAAACGUAUUGUUCAUGUAACUUAGGCACAACUUUAGGUAUAGCUGGAUCUAGGUGCUCCAAUAUCAUCAAGGAUCUCUGACUUCUGUGCGCCUUGGAGUUGUCUUUCUCAGGUGAGUGAAAGUGGUCCCACCGCUCCAGACAUCUGUCCUUCCAUCUCAGUGGAAAGGGAGCCUCUCAGUCCAAAUAGUGCCCAUAAAAAACUCCCAGGGGUACCCCUCAUUGGCCGGUGGCAGUCACGUACCCAUCACAGAGCCAAUCACGGGGUCCCUCACUGCCCGACUCCAGAUCCUGGGGGUAGAGGAGCCCCACCCAAGUCCGGUGGCCUUUGAGGGAACAGAGAGGUGUCCCCCUGGCAGAAGUGCUGAGUCUGUAUGCCAGGAAAGAGGAUGUGGGAUCUGCAAAAUGACAGUUGCCCCACCGCUGCUACCCUUGGGCUCCUGGGAGAAGCUGUCGGAAUGAUUCACGUAAUGACGGUUGUUCUUUUUUUUUUUUAAAGAUUUUAUUUACUUAU